CGUUGACAGUCUGAAUUGGGAUAUCGAUCGGUAUUUCGUUAGUCGCUAUUGUAAUGUCGCUACACUCUGGUUGUUAUUAUUGAAAUGGCCGACGUUUAGGGGGAGUGUCUCGAAGAUACAUAUUAUCUAAACUGUAAUUGAUAUUAGAUUAAAAUAAGGCAGUCGCCGUGGCGAAGGUUCACAUUCUAAAAAGACUGAACAAUAAAAUUGGAUUAAAAUGGCUUGGCGUUUUAAAGCUUCGAAAUAUAAAAAUGCAGCACCAAUAGUGCCCAAACCAGAAGCAUGUGUAAGGGAUGUAUGUGUUGGUUCUUACCAGACUUAUGGAAACAACAUAUGUGCCUCAGCAUCUUUUAUGGCUUUCAAUUGGGAGCAUGUAGGGUCGAGUAUGGCAGUAUUGCCUUUAGAUGAUUGUGGGAGAAAGAGCAAGACAAUGCCUCUGCUUCAUGCUCAUUCAGACACCAUAACUGAUAUGGAUUUUUCGCCCUUCCAUGAUGGAAUACUUUUAACUGGCUCUCAGGAUUCUCUGGUGAAAGUCUGGCACAUACCCCCAGAAGGCCUGAAAGAAUCUAUCUCGACACCUGAAUGUUCACUGUCUCAGAAGCAACGGAGAGUAGAGAACGUAGGUUUCCACCCUGUCGCUGAUGGACUAAUUCAUGUUGCAUCAGGUCAUGAACUAGCACUGUGGGACUUGACUAAGCAGAAGGAAGCUUUUGUUAACAGAGAUCAUACGGAAGUCAUUCAAUCUACUUCGUGGAAGAAAGACGGCAAACUGGUCGCCACAUCGUGCAAAGACAAGAAAGUCCGAAUCCUGGAUCCUCGCGUCGAGAGUCCAGUUCUGAGCGUCGCAAACAGUCAUCAGAACAUUAAGGACAGCCGCCUCGUUUGGCUCGGCGAUAGCGAUCGAGUACUAACCACCGGCUUCGACUCGGCUCGUUUACGUCAAAUCAUGAUUCGCGACGUUCGAAAUCUAACGCAAGCGCAGAAGACGUUGGAGCUGGAUUGUUCGACGGGAGUGCUGAUGCCGCUGUUCGACCCCGACACGAACAUGCUUUUCCUCGCCGGCAAGGGCGACACGACCAUUUUGUACAUGGAGUUGACGGACAAGGAGCCGUACCUGAUCGAAGGCUUGCGGCACUCGGGUGAACAGACGAAAGGGGCGUGCCUGGUGCCGAAGCGCGCGCUGCGCGUCAUGGAGGGCGAGGUGAACCGAGUCAUGCAGCUCACGGGCUCGUGCGUCGUGCCCAUCAUGUACCAAGUGCCCAGAAAGAGCUACCGGGAGUACCACGCCGACCUGUACCCGGACACCUGCGGCGCCGCCACCUUCCUCAGCGCGCCCAUGUGGCUCGACGGGCUGGACCAUCCCGUGCCCGCCAUAUCCUUGCAUCCCGAAGCCAACAACUGUACGCAGGUACACCGUGGCGAUUUGGAAGAGUUAGUGAAAAAAAUACUAGCGAUGCCGAUCCAAAAGAAAAGUGAUAAAAAAAUAGUGACGCAAACACACGCAGACGCGAAACCGCCCGAGCCCCCGAUCGCGACCCCCGACAGAGAAGACGACAGAAUAGAUUUCGUAAACGUCAAAGACAUGAUCAAAGGCAUGGAGAAGCAAAAGACAGAGCCGAAAGAACACUCGAAGGAAAACGGAUUCCUUAAGAAAAGUAACGGGCACGAGGAAAAAGAAGAUUCGAAAAGAGACAGCUUAGAUAAGACGGAUUCGGAGUCGAGCGAAAGUUCAAUGAACGGGAUCCAAGCCCCGAAGCCUCUGCCCAGGUCUUCCAUAUCGGAGGCCGGCUCGGCCGCCGACGACGGUGAGGCGCCCAAACCGAAACCCAGGACUACGGCGGCGCCCGUUUCGGGCUAUAAGCCCCGCCUCGGCCCGAAACCCUUUUCGGCCUCGACGGGAACCGAAGAGUUUUCCUUCGACAGAGUAUUCUCCGUGCCGGCCGUUCCCGGAGUCGACAAGAGCGAUUCCUCCACUCCGCCGGCGUCGGCGCCGAUUUCGAGCUCUCCGGCGACGACGACUCCCGUCUCCCGAGAGGCCGACGACGAGAAGUCUCUCUCUCCCGCCGCCGACGCGGAAGUCGCGCCCAAAGAAGAGUACACGAACGGCAAAUCCGACGCGAGCGUCGAAGAAGAUCUCGACGGCUCGGACGGGGGACCCGGGCCCAAGACGCCGACCACCGCCGACCGACGCCGCCUCUUCGAGACCACGGACGGAGUGAAGUCGAUCGCGGAUCGGCGACGAGCAUACGAAGUGCGCUCCCUGAGCUCCGCGCCCGAGGCGGAGGCGCCUCUCUCGCCCGCCCCGCUCAGGCGAAGGGACUCCUUGAAGUCUCGCAAGAGUCCAGAUCGAGAGGAGAAACGUUCGUCCGUUCCGAACGUCGCCACCAAACGCACUUCGACCGUUUUCGGUAAAGUGUCCAAGUUCCGUCACCUGAAGGGCACGCCGGGGCACAAGUCGACCCACGUCGAGAACAUCAAGAACGUCAGCCGACAGAUCUCCGGGGAGUGCGACGGAUUCUGCGCGAACGCCGUCCGCUGCGCCGUCCCGGUGAGCGCCGGCGCCGGCGGCGGCCGGGUGGCCGUCGUGGAGCUGCCGACGGGCGCCACGCCCUUCGCCACGGCGCCGCCCUCGCACCCCGCCGGCCUGCACCCGCCCGCCCUGCUGCACCCGGCGGCCCUGCAGGACUUCGCCUUCGACCCCUUCCGGCCGGAGCGCCUCCUCGUCGCCUGCGACGACGGCGCGAUCCGCGAGUGGAUCGUGCCCGACGGCGGCCUCACCGCCCCGACGAGCGAACCCGAGCGGACGUUCGCCGCGCACGCGGACAAGAUCUACGCGAUCCGCUUCCACCCGACCGCCUCCGACCUGCUGGCCACCGCCGCGCACGACCACUCGGUGAAGAUCUGGGACCUCGCCGCCGAGCCGCCGACGGCGGCCAUCACGCUCGCCGGCCACGCCGACCAGAUCUUCGCGCUCGCCUGGUCGCAGUACGGCGAGUACCUCGCGACCGUCUGCCGGGACGGCUACGUCAGGAUUUACGAGCCGCGGGCGUCGAGCGAGCCGCUGCGCCGGGGCCGGAGCGCCGCGGGCGGACGAGGGGCGCGGCUCGUGUGGGCGCUGCGGGACUCGCACCUCGUGGUCACGGGCUUCGACAAGGUGUCCGAGCGCCAGAUCCUGCUGUACAAGGCCGCCGACCUGUCGGCGCCCGUCUGCACGGUCGGCCUGGACGUCUCGCCGGCGAUUCUGCUGACGCACAUCGACCACGACUCCGGCACUCUGUUCCUGACGGGCCGGGGCGACUCGACCAUAUAUUGCUACGAGGUGACUCCGGAGCCGCCCUUCCUGUGCGCUCUGUCGCACCAUCGCUCCUCGUCGCUGCAUCAAGGGAUCUGUUUCUUGCAAAAGAACGCGCUGGCCGUCGAAAAGGUGGAAUUCGCGAGAGCGCUUCGCCUGACGAACGGAAACGUGGAGCCGCUGUCCUUCACGGUGCCUAGGAUCAAGAGCGAGCUGUUCCAAGACGACCUGUUUCCUCCCACGCUCGUGACGUGGCGGAGCUGGCAGACGGGGCGCCGAUGGCUCGAGAGGCGACCCGCGACGCCCGAGGUGGCGAGCCUGCAGCCGCCGGGCAUGGAGCCGCUGUCGGCCCGCGCCGCGCCGCCGGCCGCGCCCAAGGGCAAGCCGAAGCCGGACCUCGUCGAGGCGCACGUCCCGCUCGACGCCAAGGAGAAGCAGAACAGCAUAAUGAAAUCGAUGAGCGCCAGAGUGACCGUCAACCUCAAGCUGGAGCAGGACGCCAUGGAGGGCGUCGACGACUCGGAGUGGGAGCAGUGAGGCUCUCUUCGACGCGGCCGCCCUUCGACGGCGUCGACGGAACGAGUCUCGUUUCGAUAUCGUCUCAAUAUCGUGCCCUAUAAAACACGAAUCGUAUAAUAUCGUAGUUUUUAUCCUUAAGAAGCCUCACCUCUCGUCACAUUCCUACGGCUGCCGUUCGAGCAUUUAUCAAACUAUCCAAAUACUUACGUAAACAUAGAGGUAGAUAAGAAAAUGUAGGACCUUCGAUUUUAAGGAAUUGAUCUUCGAGUGACAGUCGCCGUUUCAAUAUUUUAUAGAUUUUUAAGUAAACGUCGAAACGAAAGCGUCGGCGCCGCCGGCUGAUGCCGGACGUUCUGAAAUAUCGACGAAAUCUUAGCACUUUUUAUAUCGAUAUUUUACGAACUAUAUUAUAGUUACACGUCACGUUUUGCUCAAAAUGCCAAAGAAUUUUCUUGAAAAAUUUCUAUUAGAGGCAAUUUUUUGAUAGUUAUUAUUAUUUUUUAAUGAAUGAAUUCGAAUAUAAUGAAUUUGCUGCAAAAAAUUGCGCCGUACUCGGGAGUCAGAUUAGCUUUGACGAGACCGAGCCGGAACCGCGCUCUAUCGAGUCGCUAUUUGUAAAAAGCUUCCUUUCUCGCUCGCACCCGCGCCGCGCCGGGGCUUCAGGGUGCGCGAGAGGGGGACGGGUACCUACGCUUUCGUACUACUUAAAACUUAUGUAUAGAGUAUUUUAUUCGCUAGUCAAAAGUAAAACGUAUGAUAUUUUCAAUUGUAUUAUUUUCGUCGAAUUAAGCUUUACAUUGCUUUAACUUUGUUCGGUGUGAUCGGUUCGACGAUCGAUAUUAUUUAGUGAUAGCGUUUUUGUGGACAAAUACGGAGACACAAUUGUUUAGAGACUAAACGAAACAUUAUUUUUUAAUUAAUAUCGAUCGUCGCCAGCUUCGCCCCGAUUAGUGACGUCACCCGACACGGUAAGAAACUUCACGCACCAAUUUAUUAAUUUUUAUUUAACAUUGUGAGUGAAUAGAACUCUUAAUUAUAACAUAUCAAGUUCUGCCUUGGUUAUUUAACUGUCGAUUUCGUCGAGUUAC